CCUCCGUCAUGAUCGCGUCAGCUGGCCUUUAGACGCCUACCGCCUCUUCUUCUUUAUCUUUCUCUUCUUCGUCAACGAGCAGACCGCGCGCGCGCGCGCGCGCACCCGAGACAGUCAGUCGUUAACUCCCGUUCGCGAAAUGUCGAUCGUUAAAGAUCGAUAAAAGGGGAAAUGUACCUCCGUUCGAACGCGCAACGCAGAAUCGAUCGGCGGAAGAAGCUGCGAGGAUACAGUGGUAUUUGUGAGUGAAGUUCCUUCGAUGGAUCCACGCGAUCGAUCGGCGGAUCGAUAAUGGCACGGGUAUCCGCAACGCGCGGACGCACCGCCGUGUAACGCGAAUGAUCGAAUCGUUAUGAAAGAGGCGAUCGACGGUGAUCGAUUGUUGGUGAUCUGACGAUUCGGCCGUUCGAUCGGAGAUCGUCGCGAUGAGUUCCAAGGGAAGAGCGCUCGGUGCCCUUGACGGGCUCAUUAAGUGUGAUCGUGUUAUCGUAUGCUCCAUGUUCCUAUGGUAUCUCGCGUUCCUGCAUCGUUCGUGCAUCGUCGAGGCCAAUAAACCGGGGAUAUGCGCCAUGAGCGGCUGCAACUGCACCGUUAAGGCGCACCGCUGGAUUAACGUCAAGUGCGUCUUCUCCAGAGAACAGAAUGUGGAGUUGCAAGAAGGAACCAUUCCGCCGGAUGCGAUGGAACUCGAGGUUUCUCACUGUCGCGAGCUGAGAAUACAAGCGGGCGCGUUCGGCAGCGGCGCGCCCCUAAAACGCGUGCAUGUUUCGGGAAUCUACAGCGUGGUCGCCAAAAGGCAAGCCUUUCAGAAUCUCAGCGCACAUAACACGCAUCUCGAGGUGUCGGAGUGCAACAGCGUGUUUCUGGAAAGUCACGCCUUCCAGAACAUGCGCGGCUCGCUGAGCGUCUCGAUAUCGCGAUGCAAACACGUGGAGAUAAAGCCGUGCACCUUUUCCUGGUUGCUGUGGAUCAUGAUAAAGGAAGUGCCGUCCUUGGAACUGUCCAGUAACGCCUUUAAAUUUGACCCCCCUCAACACGGGCACCAUGGACCAGCGACCAAGAUAACGUUCCAAAACGUGAAGAUCACGGAGCUACCCGAGGGGGUAUUUCCUUCGGCUGUCGCGGAAAUUCGUAUGGACGACAUCAUUAUGAAGAUCAUACGCAAGGACGCCUUCUGCGCCAUGACCAUUUACAGCGUGAUUAUCAGCAACACAACUAUUAAUGAGAUCCAAUCCGGCGCAUUUAGCGACAGAGCUCUCAUCCACAGUCUCGAGUUCGUCGAUGUGCAACUUAAUAACAUCAACACAGCGGCGUUCAGAGCCGGUCACGACAAUCUAACCAUUCAGUAUUCAAGUUUCUCCAAAGUGAACACUGGUGCCAUCAACACAUCAGCCGCGACCGUCACCUUCACCAAGAACGUGUUCCAACACUUGAGCCAGGGUUCCAUUGUGCUGCACCAGUGGAAUCACAUUGCGAUCGAUGAAAAUCUCUUUGUGGAUCUAGAGAGCGACGCUAUUAAAGCGGAAGUCGGCGUCGCUUCGGCGCCGAACUUCGAGUUCUCCUUCACGGGCAAUCGAAUACAAAAGGCCCGGCCAGGUUCGCUCAAGUUCGCGGCGAUUUCGCAGAGCGUAAACUCGGCGCGCGUCGGCAAUAAUUACUUCCAGGAGAAGUGCAGCUGUAACCUCGAGGACUGGGUGCGCGAAUUGACGGGACGUAACAGCUCCGUCUCGUGGAUGAUGGAUUCCAGCUACUGCGAGGUCGACGAGUUCCUGAAGAAGUGCUUGAAUCUGCGCGAGGGUUUCAUAGCCAUGCGAAAUUUCACGGAGCUCAUCUGCUCGCAGCGGCAUCAUAUUAAUUGCGAAAAACCAUCGCCGAAACCGGAACCAAGUGUCAAUCCGCCCAGCGUGGGUCCUCACAUCUAUCCAAGACCGAAGGGCUACUUCGACAUCGAAAACGAAUCGGAGCAGCUGGAGCGCGAGAAGAGAAUCAUCGUAAUCGUCUGCGUCGUGGCGGUGUUCGUCGUCGUCGUGGUGAUCUUAACUUCGGGGAUUCUUUACAUGCGCCGUCGUGGCGUGUGUCCUAAACUGACAUCCAGCCCGAUGAUGAAUCUGACGAGUUGGCUGUCAUCCAGCAACGGCAUGACCGCCGCGACGUCGGCCAGAUCGAUAUCGAGGCUGAGCGUUCACGAGUACGCCGGUCUUCAUUCGGAGACCAGAAUUCUCGAUGUGGAACCGCAGGUGGAUGGCACGGAUGACGACGAAGACGGUAAUAUGUAUAUUGAGGACAAAGCGACGCAAACGCUGCCGGAGGAAUUGACGGAGGAAUACCUGAGAGAUCUCCGAGAGCAGCUGAACGAUCCUGACAACUACAGCCAAGCGAGGGACAUGAUCGAGCAUUUGUACGAUCUGAUUAAAGUCGAGGAGAGCUGCAACAACAACAACGACCGGCAACCGGCGAGCGAUCGCGAGGAGAACGCGUACGACGUGAUCCGGCCGCGAGUGAAGAAGUCGCGCGGCGCGACGAAGCCGUCCGUCAGCAUCGGUACCAAAGCGCCGUCCUUGGAGGACCUGCUGGCGAGCGGGAUACGAAUCAGACCGCCAAUUACCGAAUACACGCAACCGCGCGAUCAACGGACGAGCGAUCAGAACCAUCUGUACGCCGAAUUGCCGGGCGACGAGACGAUGCCCAGCACAAGUCGACUGUCGCAACCAAUCUUGGAGAGCCUGAUCGGAAGAGCGCCGCAGCCGUUGCCGCCAGACGUGGUGAACGAUCAUCUGGUCAACGGCAACGAUCGCUCGCCGAGGAACGGCUACAGUUACCCCGAAAAUUACAAAUCGUCGCAGAGUCCGAAGCUCGAUUCAAACUGCAGAAAUCAAUCCGCCAAGCCGAUGAAUUUCUUUAAGGAAUUUCUUAAUGGGAGCAUCCUGGGCGCGAGCGGAAAGACGAAUAACAAGAGGCCGAACUCGCUGCUGUGUGAAUACGCUGAACCGUCCGACGUGACCGCCCAUUUGUAUUCGGAACCCCAGCAAACGUCCGCGUCCGGCAGCAAGAUGGCGAACCGGCCACUGCCCACCAAGCCCGAUCAGGAUUCCGUCGCCAAGGCGUAGCAGCGCUCCAUUAUCUGUGAUAUAAGUGAUUGCGUGUUGUCGAGAGUGAAAGACUAAAGUGUCCUUUUCUUCUCGCUGGCUGUAUGAAGAAAGUGUCCGCGCUACAUGUGCGUGUGUGUCGCCGGAACGAUUGCGUAAGAGAGUUUGCGUCAGGCGAGUCACGUGGGGGUGAGAGACCGUGUAUGCCUGUGCCAUAAUAGCAGAGGAAAUACGUCGGAAAUUAGUGCAAUUCAUGCGUAUACAAGGCUCGGCUGAGCUAGGUGUCGCGGAACGAAGUGUCCUUACUUUCAAAUUGCGGGUGUAUGAAUGAACCGUUGUUAGAACAAUCGCGCACACGGCCAAUGGUGUCAUUCGAACGAUUUCGUUUUUCGCGAUAGAACGAGUCGCGUCGAAAAACGACCAAAGCUACGCUUACGCGAAGGUACCGCAACGAGUGUGCCAAAAUUAGUGUAUUUCGCGUAUACGACUGUACAUUCGCGCUCGUAAUGCAACAAUGAUUCAACGGAUCUAUCUAUCCACACGUCUGAAUCAUCGAAAAAUACCGCGAGAGAAAGGAUUUAUUUAUGAUUAUUUGCGAAAAGUGGACCUAUAUGCAUUUGCUUUGUCAAGUAUUAAAAUAAGUAUUUUACAUCCGACAUACGAGAAAUUAAUCAAUACCACAAUUCCGUUUUAAAGUUUUAGUGAUUUAGAAUUCGACGUGCCGAAAUAUACAAAUUCGAAGCCUGUUUCUUUCAUAUAUUUUUUAAACUAAUUUUUUAAUAAUUUAAUAAUUAAAUCUUGAUUAAAUUAUUAAAAAAUUUUCCAUUGACGCAAUUUUAUUUUUCCAAUAUUCAUAAGAAAUUUAUACAAAUGUAUACAUAUUUCCUACAGCGAUCGACUUGUUUCAAGCAAUAAAAAAAGUUGACAC